CAUCAACAGCACCAGCAGCAACAAUAAACAUUAAAUUGGCCAUACUUUUUGUUACUUGUUUUGGUUUGCCAUUUAACCGAGAGCAUACAGAGUGGAAAUACUGAGAAAGAGAAAGAACGAGAGAGUAAGAGAGAGAGAAAGGUGCAAAAAAACGGAUAUUGGCUAGAAGCAUCUUAUGAAACAAUUGAAGCAACGUGCUUCUGAGCAGGCAAAGGAGCAACAUCCGAAGCAUUAUAAAAAUCAACCACCAUCAACAACAACAACAACAACAACAGCAACAUACCAAUACAUUUUUCUACGGCAAUACGCAAAGAUAUGACAAGUGAUGGUGCUGUUACGUUUUGGAUAUUUUUACUUUGUUUGAUCGUCUCGCAGCACCUGAAGGGUUGCGAGGCGGGCAGGCCGGAUGAGUUGCACAUAGGCGGCAUCUUUCCCAUUGCCGGCAAAGGAGGAUGGCAGGGUGGGCAGGCCUGCAUGCCGGCCGCAAGGCUGGCAUUGGAUGAUGUCAACAAGAGGCCAAAUUUGCUGCCAGGCUUCAAGCUCAUACUGCAUAGCAAUGACAGCGAGUGCGAGCCCGGUUUGGGGGCCAGUGUGAUGUACAAUCUGCUCUAUAAUAAGCCACAAAAGCUCAUGUUACUGGCAGGAUGCAGCACAGUUUGUACAACUGUGGCCGAGGCUGCCAAAAUGUGGAAUCUAAUUGUGCUAUGCUAUGGUGCCUCUAGUCCGGCCCUAUCGGAUCGUAAGCGUUUUCCAACGCUUUUCCGUACACAUCCCUCGGCCACGGUGCAUAAUCCAACACGUAUCAAACUAAUGAAAAAGUUUGGUUGGUCUCGCGUGGCCAUCUUACAACAGGCCGAAGAAGUAUUUAUAUCGACUGUAGAAGAUUUGGAAAAUCGAUGCAUGGAAGCUGGCGUCGAAAUCGUAACUAGACAAUCAUUUCUAUCCGAUCCAACAGACGCCGUACGAAAUUUACGACGCCAGGAUGCACGCAUCAUAGUGGGCCUAUUCUAUGUGGUGGCGGCAAGACGCGUUUUAUGCGAGAUGUAUAAACAACAGCUAUACGGAAGGGCACAUGUGUGGUUCUUUAUAGGAUGGUACGAGGAUAAUUGGUAUGAAGUAAAUCUUGAAGCUGAAGGCAUAACCUGCACCAAAGAGCAAAUGAGAAUAGCUGCCGAAGGUCAUCUAACAACAGAGGCACUUAUGUGGAAUCAGAACAAUCAAACAACUAUAUCCGGCAUGACGGCUGAUCAAUUUCGGCAUCGACUGAAUAAAGCCCUUACCGAUGAGGGUUACGAUAUCACUCAUGAUCGCUAUCCAGAAGGCUAUCAGGAGGCACCAUUGGCCUAUGAUGCUGUCUGGAGUGUGGCAUUGGCAUUUAAUAAGACAAUGGAACGUCUAACAACACGUAAGAAAUCGCUUCGUGAUUUUACCUAUACGGAUAAGGAGAUCGCCGAUGAUAUCUAUGCGGCCAUGAAUUCAACACAAUUUCUUGGAGUAUCGGGAGUGGUGGCCUUCAGUUCACAGGGUGACCGUAUAGCCUUAACUCAAAUCGAGCAAAUGGUGGACGGCAAAUAUGAGAAAUUGGGCUAUUAUGACACGCAACUUGACAAUCUCACAUGGCUAAAUGCCGAACGUUGGGCAGGGGGCAAGGUUCCUCAAGAUCGAACAAUAGUAACACAUGUGCUACGCACCGUAUCCUUGCCCCUAUUUGUCUGUAUGUGCACUAUAUCAAGUUGUGGCAUUUUUGUGGCAUUAGCUUUGAUCAUUUUCAAUAUAUGGAAUAAGCAUAGAAGAGUCAUACAAUCCUCUCAUCCUGUUUGCAAUACAAUUAUGCUAUUUGGUGUCAUCAUUUGUCUGAUAUCUGUCAUUUUACUUGGCAUCGAUGGUCGCUUUGUCAGUCCACAUGAAUAUCCAAAGAUUUGUCAAGCUCGAGCUUGGUUAUUAUCCACCGGUUUUACAUUAGCAUACGGUGCUAUGUUCAGCAAAGUCUGGCGUGUGCAUCGAUUUACAACAAAAGCGAAAACAGACCCGAAGGUAAAAAAAGUGGAACCUUGGAAGCUAUACACCAUGGUUUCGGGCCUCUUAUCAAUAGAUUUAGUGAUAUUACUCUCAUGGCAGAUCUUUGAUCCGCUGCAGCGUAUACUCGAAACAUUCCCACUCGAAGAUCCAGUAUCUACAACUGAUGAUAUUAAAAUACGUCCAGAGCUUGAGCAUUGUGAAAGUGAGAGGAAUUCCAUGUGGUUAGGUCUUGUCUAUGGCUUUAAGGGCCUCAUACUGGUAUUCGGUCUGUUUUUGGCCUAUGAGACACGUUCGAUUAAGGUGAAACAGAUUAACGAUUCACGUUAUGUGGGCAUGAGCAUCUAUAAUGUGGUCGUCCUAUGCCUGAUAACAGCUCCAGUGGGCAUGGUUAUUGCAUCACAACAGGAUGCAUCAUUCGCCUUUGUGGCUCUAGCUGUGAUAUUCUGUUGUUUCCUAAGCAUGCUGCUGAUAUUUGUGCCAAAGGUCAUUGAGGUCAUAAGACAUCCUAAAGAUAAAGCUGAAUCGAAAUAUAAUCCCGAUUCGGCUAUAUCGAAAGAGGAUGAAGAACGUUAUCAGAAAUUGGUUACCGAGAAUGAGGAACUACAACGAUUAAUAACACAGAAAGAGGAAAAAAUUCGAGUUCUACGACAACGUCUGGUGGAACGAGGCGAUAGCAAAGGCACAGAACUGAAUGGAGCCUCAGGCAAUGCCACCACCUCGCUUGCAAUCCAGCCACAGCCUGCUUCUAUCAUCAAUACAUCCGCAUCCGCAUUAGCACAUCCCACACCCGCUGCCACACUCGCAAUCACACAAGAUACUCAUGAGCACCGUACAUGAAAAAACUUGUCAAUUUCCUUUGCGUGAUAGGUGAAUUAUACAAAAAACCAAAACAAAACAAAAUAAA